UGGACAGGUACGCCAUUGACGGUUAGAAAAGAAGACGGAAAUACUAAAUUAACUCGUAACGACGUCACUCAUAAGUAACAACAGUCUUACAUCAGUCUUACAGCGAUGGAUUUAAUAAUUCUUAGUGACAAUUCUGAGCCGAUGACUGAUGAUGAACAAGAUCCUCCAAUAAGUGCAAGACGUGUCAAACAUAAAUUUACGGAAAUGCCAGAAAACAAGAAGAAACCGUCCUUAACACCUACUGAUGUUGCCCUAGAUGAAACAAAUCAUUUUCAACGUGAGGUAUGCUGUGCAUUUUGUCUUAAAACAAAAACAGAAGAUGUGAGUAUACCUUCAGAUGCUGAAUCAGAGUGCAUUGUAUUAGCUAAUGAGGUUUUGGCCAGUAUUUUCACUGAUAAUUUUAAUAUUAUACAACACAAACUUAUAAAUUACAGUAUUUAUGAUGAUAAUGGACACAUGUGCUCAAUAGAUUCAGGAAUGAUGGAGAGAAAUGUAAAUCUGUACAUAUCUGGCUAUGUGAAACCGAUUGAUAAUCAUAGUCUAGAUAUAAAAGGUGGAAUUGCAUGUAAUGCAGGGCCAAUAUUAGAAUGGUGGCUAUCAUCAUAUGAUGGUGGUGCUCAGGCAUUAAUAGGUAUAAACACAGAGUAUGCUGAUUAUUUAUUAAUUGAACCACAUCCUUAUUAUAAAAAAUAUAUGACGUCCGUAAUUGAAAAGAUAAAUCUGAGUAAAAUAGUAAUUGAAAAAAUGUUAGACAAUCAUGAAUCUGAUGAUUCAACUUAUGAAGACAUUUUAAAUUAUGUUGUAACAUCUUUAAAUCCAGCAACAGGUAUUACAUUUUCAGAAGAAGAUCUUAUUACUCAUGCACAGUUUGUACUCGAUCAAAUAACUGACUACGACUCUACUGGCACGUAUGAUUUUCCGUUAUCUGAAACUCAAUGUAUUGAAACUUUGACCCAACUUUCAGGGGCUACACAAUCUGAUUAUGCACCAAUCAGAAGAUUAGGUAGAUUGGGACAAGGAGCUACAUGCAUAAAAACUAAUUUUAGCCAACGGAAGUUCAGCAAAGCCACUACUACAGAGCUGGUGAAAGAUGUAUUUGAAAAUGUAUUUGCUGCUCAGUUAGAUAUAGAUGAUAAAGAAAUUGAAGAAACAAUGAAUAAACUUGUGAAGACUGUAUUUGAUAAUGUAUGCAAUGAAGAUGUUAGUAAUGAUCUAUCUGACGUUAACUGUGUUGAAAAUCAUGUAAUGUGGAAAGAUCAGAAACUGUGUAAAAAAAUGUUUGUUGUGGUGAAAAACGAUGACACAGUAAUUCCAUUAAUAGGAUGCAUAGAAUAUUUUUUUAAAACAAAGUUUAAAGAUAUGGCCCAUAUUCAGCUCUUUAUGCAUAGCUAUGAAACUGUACUUGGUGAAACAGCUGACCCUCAGGAAAUAUUUUCUCUCAAAAAGUGUACAAAUAUUGAUAUAAAAAAUGUAGCCAAAGUAUUAGAUGUUGUACAAAAAAUACCUAGUAAAAAUUGGUUUCAACUUGGUAAUUCAAAAUUACAAGAUCUCUUAGAACCUGUUGACCGCAAAAAUAAAAAAUCAUUUUUUUAUCAACUUCAAUAUGAUGACACAUUUGGACGAUUUGAAUAUCAUAAGCCUGAAAAACCAAUUAAUGAUAUUAGAAAUAAAUAUUGUAAUAACUGUGAAGUUAUUGAGAGUGAAAAAAAAUCAAAAGAACCUGAAUUACUAGAGUUUAUUGAAGAAGAAGACGGUAUUUCAUAUUUUUAUAAAUUUAAAUUAUUCAAUGAAGAAUAUAAAGUUGGUAGUUUUAUUUAUUUAAAACCUGGAAUAUUCAAAGUAGCUACAAGAUCAAAUAUGAUAGAAGAAGAACUAUUUGAGUUUGAAGAGACAAAUACAAAUAUAAGUAAUCAAGAACAAAAAAAUAUUGAUGAAACUGUGUAUACAGAGUAUUACCGUAAAACAUUGGAAAAUUCAAUGCGUGGUUCAAAUGAAACCACUCCAGAUCCAUUUGAUAUUGGAGAAAUAAGAGCUAUUUAUUUUGUUGAUCGUGAUACUAAAAAUAUCAAGCUGAUCGUACGUCGUAUGUUUAGAGCUGAACAAAUUUUUGCAGAAAAUAUUGCUAGAAAUGAAGAUAUGAAUGUAUUAUAUUGGUCAGAAGAAGAGUUUAAAAUCACAUAUCAACAAGUAUGUGGUAAAUGUUAUGUUACCUGUGAAGCCAACAUUCUAGAUCCACUUGUAUGGUCUUCUGGUGGUCCUGAUCGAUUUUAUUUCAAAUACAAAUACGAUUCUCUUACUAAUUCCAUUAUCCCUGUGCGUAAACUCUCAGGUGAAGCUAAACUGAUUGGAAAAGAAGUUUAUGUUAAUUAUAACUAUCAAUUUGUGGAUGAAGAUAAAUUACAGUAUAUACCAUCAUAUAAGAAAAUCAAACCACUCAGAGGACUCGAUAUAUUUGCUGGUUGCGGUGGCUUGUCAAAAGGCUUAGAAGAUAGUGGUUUAAUUAUAAGUAAUUGGGCUAUUGAAUGUGAUGACAAAGCUGCUGAAGCAUUUAAAUUAAACAACCCAGGAUCAAAUGUGUUUGUUGAAGAUUCUAAUCAUUUAUUAAAAUUAGCAAUGGCUGGUGAAAAAACAAACAGUAAAAAUCAAAACAUACCACAAAAGGGUGAAGUUGACUUCAUUUGUGGAGGACCUCCUUGUCAAGGGUUUAGUGGAAUGAAUAGGUUUAAUUCUGGUCAAUAUUCAUUGUUCAAGAACUCUCUGAUUGUUUCAUUUUUAUCAUAUAUUGAUUUCUAUCGUCCAAAAUAUUUUGUCAUGGAAAACGUUAGAAAUUUUGUAUCCUUUAAAAAUAGCAUGGUUCUUAAAUUGACUCUUAGAUGUAUUACACGUAUGGGCUACCAGUGUACAUUUGGAAUUCUACAAGCCGGUAACUUUGGUGUACCUCAAACUAGAAGGAGAUUAAUCAUUAUGGCUGCUGCUCCCGGUGAAAAAUUGCCAUUUUAUCCGGAGCCUAUAAACGUCUUUAAUAGAAAAAGUUCCAGUUUAAGUGUCCAGGUUGGUAAUGAAAAAUUCAAAACGAAUUGCAAGUAUGUUAAUUCAGCCCCUUUGAGAACCCUCACAGUAUAUGAUGCUUGGUCUGAUUUACCUGGAAUAUUAAAUGGAGCUUAUCAAGAAGAAAUUCUAUACAAUUCUAUACCAAUUACACAUUUACAGAAAUUACUAAGAUAUCCAGACAACCAAUAUGCAGACUCUAUAUUAAGGGAUCAUGUAUGCAAGGAAAUGUCAUCUUUGGUUCAAGCUAGAAUGGCACUGAUACCAGUAUGUGAAGGAAGUGACUGGAGAGACCUGCCCAAUAUAACAGUACAAUUACCUGAAGGACUUAAAACCAAUAUACUUUUGUAUACUCACCAUGAUAUCAAAAAUGGUUAUGGUCCAAAUGGUGAAUUACGCGGUGUUUGCAUGUGUGCCAGUGGUGAUAAAUGUGAUCCGCAAGAUCGUCAAAACAAUACAAUUAUCCCUUGGUGCUUACCACAUACUGGUAAUAGACAUAAUAAUUGGGCAGGUUUAUAUGGCCGUCUAGCAUGGUCAGGGUUUUGUUCAACCACCAUUACAAAUCCUGAGCCAAUGGGAAAACAAGGCAGAGUACUUCAUCCUGAGCAACACCGUGUGGUCAGUGUACGAGAGUGCGCCCGCUCACAAGGUUUUAAAGAUUCUUUCAUAUUCUGUGGAUCUAUCUUUGAUAAACAUAGGCAGAUUGGUAAUGCAGUUCCUCCACCAAUGGGUACAGCUAUUGGUCAUGCAAUAAUCAAAGCUAUUUACCAAAACAAUGAUUAUUAAAGUUGUAUAUCUUACAUUUUUAGGUCACAAUAUAAUUUUUUUUGUUUUCAAUUAGUUAACUAAAUUUAAGCAAGUCCAAUGAGAAAUUUAUUUGUUGAGGUAAAAUUAUUUUAAAUUAUAUAGGUAGUUGUUAAAUAUUUAAUUAUGUUGUUUUUAAAGUACCGGCAUUUUUUUUUCACUUAUUGUAAAUUUAGCCAAGUUACGAUUUAUUUUAAAUCUAUUGAAUUUUCACCCAUAUUAUGCCUUAUAACAAAUAGUAACAAUACUAUUAUAUUUUUAAAUGUUUGACUUGUUUUAUUAUUUUUGAAUUUUUAUGAUAAUUAAGAAGUAUAUGAUUUUGUUAAAUUGA